UUUUUCUCUCACUCGCCCACUUAGUAUCAUUUCAUCUCUCUCUCCCUCUCUCUCUCUCACCACACUCUCAGUCGCUGAGCUCUAACGGAUGGGGAUACACCGCCAAGGAGGACUUAGGGGUGAGAAGUGUGUGUUUCUUCUCUUCUCUGGUGUGUUUUCGUUCUCUUCCGCCUGGCUUCCCUCAUGAGCUGUUAAUUCCAGCCCUGGUCCUGAGGAUGAGGAGGAUCUGUUUGUGAGGAAGACGCAACAAAGGAAGAGAGAACAAGGAGCAACAGGGUGGCAAAUUCUGCAAGCGGGAGUGAGCAAAAAGAUCUUUUCUUUUUCUCCAGGCUCAAGCAAGGAGCCCUGAGUCUAAGAAGCAGCCAUGUGAGAGAAGCUGUCAGCGAGCAGAGGAUGCCCACGUCCAGCUAAAGCAGCCCUUCCCCCCCCUCUCUCCCCACCCUCCUGCUCCCUCCCUUCUUCCCACAUGAGGACAAGAAGAUGACUAUCUCCAGCCGGCAGUCCUUCAAUGUCCUGACGGUCAUCUUCCUCCUACUGUCCACUGCAGCCCUCUCUGCUCAUUACCGAGUGUGUGAACCUUACUCUGACCACAAAGGGCGGUACCACUUUGGCUUUCACUGCCCACGCCUCUCAGACAACAAGACCUAUAUGUUCUGCUGCCACCACAACAACACCGCCUUCAAGUACUGCUGCAACGAGACUGAGUUCCAGUUGGUCAUGCAGGUCAACCUCACCACCACCCCUGAUGGUUAUGCACACAAUAAUUAUACAGCCCUGGUCGGUGUGUGGAUCUACGGCUUCUUUGUGAUGGUGCUGCUGGCUCUGGACUUUCUCUACUACUCAGCCAUAAACUACGAGCUGUGCCGGAUCUACCUGGAGAAAUGGGGUCUUGGAGGACGCUGGCUGAAGAAGGCUCGGAGUCAGUGGCACAGGUCCAUGCCAGAGGAGAGCGAAGCCCAGGCUCAAGCGCAGCCCAUGGUCCCCACCCACUUCCAGCCCAGACACAGCCUCAGAGGGGAGAGCCACAGCCCUACGCUCCUGCCCUACAACACAUCCACCGCAUGAAUGAUGCUGUGAGUGGAUGAACAGAAGAGUAGCAACACCUGGUUUCCUUACAUGGUACAGAGGAGAUGUUCCCCAGUCACCCCUCUCUGGACCACAAACACAGCAUCACUGGUGGGCUAGCCAUACUGUAGUAGCUAGAAGUGACUACUGUCCCCUUUCUAAUGAGCACAAAAUACCCACAGACUAACAGAAUCAGGCGAAACAGCUGAAGAAAGCCUGGAAAGCCACACAGACGAAUGUAUCGCUGCUUCUACAGAAGGGAGAGAUGGAUGCAUUUAUCUGCUUAUAGGGUUUAACUGAUUCCCUAAAGUAUCUGCCAAGGCCUGGAGUACCCCAAACAAAUCCAAGAUGAACUGGAUAAACUGUACUCACAAGUGAGAAAGCUUGCCUAUUUAAAGAAAAAAAAUAAGAAAAAAAAGCUUAUUUCUAGAUAUAACAUGUUUAUUAAACUGCUGUGUCACUUUGUGUUCAGUAGCAGUUAGACACAGUUGUGGGUUAUCUAUUUGGUGAUUUAUUUAUGUGAAGUAGUCAGAGAAAAUAUAUGAGUGGCUAACAAUCUGAUUAUGUAAUGGCUUAGGUUGAUGCUGAGCAUCUCACUUAGAGUAGAAUGUUUUUGUUACCUACUGAAACCAGAAAAAAUGCCUCUGCAGCCACGAUGAAAAACAAACAUCUUAUACAAAAUGUUUUUGGUCUCCUUUCUGCAAAACAAGCGAUUUCUUGAAACAGUGUCGGAAAAGGACGUAAGGCCAUAAAAAUAAACUGCUGAAACUUCAAAACAUGAGGGUUUUCCAUCUUCACACAAGCAUUAAUGAGGAUCAGGGAUGCCUUCAUAACAGCCACAGUCUUUAUGCUAAUUUACACAUAUCCGUAUCCCUUGGCAAAGAGCCUAAAGACCUGAGUGAAACCCUUACUUAUCAAAUUACAAGUUUGUGACAGUUUUCUAUAACAUCACCCACUGACCUAUUUGACCUUCCUCGUUAUUAGGGCUGCCUGAGAUCAGCUUCAUUAGCAAUAUGACGCAAAAUAAUAUCCAUUAGUCUCUUUAUACGAAGUGCUCCAAAUUCCACAUGGGUAACAGGCAACUGUAAGUAACUAGCCAUAACAGAAAAUGUUUCCAAAAGAAAUAUCAGUAAACCCCUUUCACUGUCAGCAAUAAUGUACAGAAGCUUAACCAGAGGAUCACAUGGUAUGUAAAAAUCAGAGUCAGCUAAAUGAGCAAUGGGUAAUCACUGAGGUGUAUCACAGAAUUUUUGGCUCAGUUUGCAUUUAAUAAGACGGUGAUGUAAGUUAAAUGGAGAUAUACUGUUUCUGGAUAAUGAACUCUUUUUUUUUUCAGCUCUUUAAGAAAAAAGACAUGAUUAUCUCUUACUAAAAGAAACUCUUGCACACUUUUUACGUUAACGCUCAGUGUAUUUCAUAGCAAAAACUGUCAAUUAUUAUUUCAAACCGCCACCAGUAUGGUAUUUAUUUAUUUAAAUCUUUGUUUUAUUUAUCCCUCAGAUCUAAAACCAGUGAUUUGGCGAAUGUUGUGGGGAAAUAAUUAUUUGAUCCCCUGCUGAAAUGAACAGUUUCUAAUUUUUAUAGUAGUUUCAUUUUAACAGAAUCUCAACCAAAAAUCCAUAAAACAAAGACACAUUAAAUAAAAGUUAUAAAUUGAUUUGCACCUCAUUGAGUGAAAUAAGUAUUUCAUUUGUGCGAAACAUGACUUAGUGCUUGCUUUUGCACACAUCUCAGGAGGGAUUCUGGCCCACUCUUCUUUACAGAAACUAUAAAUCCUUUAAGGUUUCUUGGCUGCCAGUUCACAACUCUAAGUUCGUCUCCCUCCACAGAUUUUCUAGGAUUGAGAUCGGGAGAUUAGCUAGGCCACGACCUUAAGGGCCUUUUUCUUGUUGCCUUGGCAGUACAGUAUGUUUUGGGUUACUGGAAGACCCAUCCACAGCCUAUCUUCUGGCUCUUAAGUGGCCAGUGGACUGUUGUUGUUGCAUCCAUUGACCUCAGUGUGGUGAAGUCAUCCCACACCCUUAGUGGAAAGAUGGCUCCAAAGUACAAUGUUUCCACCUUUGUGCUUGACUGUGGGGAUGGUAAUGUUUGGGUCAUACUCAGCUUACAUACACAGGGGGUCAAGUUGAUGCCAAAGAGCUUGAUUUUGGUUUCAUCUGACCACAGCACUUUCUCCCAAGCCUUCUCUGAAUCAUUUAGAUGUUCACUGGCAAAGACGGACCUGUACAUGUGCCUUCUUGAGCAGGGAGACUUUGCGGGCACUGCGCGCUACCAAUGGUGUUUUUGGUGAUUGUGGUCUCAACUGCCUUCAGAUCAAUAACAAGCUUCUCCCAGGAAGUUUUGGGCUGAUUCACCACCUUUGACAUGAUUAUCCUCACUUCAUGAGACAAGAUCUUGCAUUGAGCUCGAGAUGGAGGGACAUGUUGUUCCAUGCACAUCUACAAUUGCGUCCUUGACAUUCUUGGACAUCUCUUUGGUCUUACCUAUGGUCACGGUGAGGUUGAAAUGGAAGAAACUGAUUGUGUGGACUCGUGUGCUGGGCACACAGCCAAUUUGUGGGAUCAAACAUUUAUUUCACUCAAAGGCAUGCAAAUAUAUUUAUAACUUUUAUGUGAUUUGGGGUUUUUUUCUGGAUUUUAAAUUCAGAAAAAAAUUAAUUCAGGAAAGGAGAAAAUAAUUAUUUCCCCUAUUUGUGGGAUUUUGGAUUGACAAAAAAGUGAAACAAUUAUUACACUGCUUUAGAGGUGGUUGCAACUAAAGAUUUGAUUUAAUUAUGAAUUAUGAAUCUGCCUGUUGCUUUAUCAACAGAUGAAUGAAUCGCUUGGUUUGUGUUUCAGAGAAAAAAGUGGAAAAAAAUAAGUAAAUUUAGCAAUCAGUAUUUAAGUAUCACAGGAAGAUGGAAACUGAAGGAAGGAAGAUGAAAACUGGGGAAUUUUGGUCAUUUUUACAAAAUUAAUGGUAAAUCAACUGGCUAUUAGACUAGGAAAAAGUUGACUGUUUUACCUCUUAUAGUUUAGGUAAAGUUGUUACCCAAAGCUGCUGAGAUCGACUUUCUUGGCUAUCCAUAAAUGCUGUCCUUUGUGUUUGGAGAAAAGCAUGCAAAGCAGCUGCAGCGGUGCCAGUUUUUAUAUGAGUGACAGUGUGUGACGACCAGGUGGACAGAAGGUAGGUACAGUGGGGGGGUUGGUGGGUGUAGGGGGGGGUGUGGGUAGGGGGUUGUCUGUUCCAGUCUUGCAUCUGGUAGUCUGGCAGCUGCUGAGCUUAUACAUGGAGCACUUUGCAUGUGCGCUGAAAGCUAACAGCACAUACUGUUAAUCAUUAAGAGUUGGCUGACUCAACACAAACACACCAACAGAAACACAAAAAAGCCAGCUAUUAGACUUGUCUGUUGCCUUCGUUUUUCCAUCUCUCUGUCUCAUGAAGUUUAAGUGGAACCUAACAGAACUGUGGUCAAGUGCUGUAAGUGGGGCCUGCUAGCGUCAUCCUCAGUUAUCAGCAAUAAUAUUCAAAUUUGUAGAGUUGUUAGAGCAAGUUAAUCCCCAUUUCAAUAGCUAAAGUUUAAGUGUGUGUGUGUGUGUGUGUGUGUGUGUGUGUGUGUGUGUGUGUGUGUGUGUGUGUGUGUGUGUGUGUGUGUGUGUGUGCGUCCCAGCAAGCUUGUGCCAUCGCUUUUAGGAGCAGAGAAGCAGGAUGAGUCCAAGUAAAAUAAUUGGCCUGGAGAUCAGCAGUGGUUCAAAAUUACACUCUCUUGCUGUCUCCCUCGAGCUGCCCUCCUAUUCCCAGAGUGUGAACAGCAGUAGCAAACAGGGCAGGAGAGAUUUUUAAUUAGUCCCCAACGCUGGAUAAGUGGGGAAAAAAUCAGAUACGUUCGAGAACAUGUCGCUUUCAGGGCUCUGUGCUGUGUUUUGACCUGUAAUAAGGAACAGGACAUUUGUUCUUAUCACCAAUAAUGUAAUACAGUAGUCGUACCCAGGGAAUUUUAAAAAGCUUCACUUUGCCUCUGACAAGCAGUAGCAGGGUCACAAAUGGAUUCCCUCAAGAGACAUAUACAAGGAAUCUCUCCUCUCUUUUCUUUUCAUUUUUAAUGUUUUGUGAUGUUUUCUGUUUUGUUGAAAACAGUCUUGACUCUGGCCUGAUGUGAUGUGGUACUGUAAAUCGUAUCAGCUCAACCCUCUUCCCAUGUCAAAAAAAAUUAUAUAUAUAUUAUAAUUAUAUAUAUAUAUAUAUAUAUAUAUAUAUAUAUAUUUACAGUAAAAAAGGAUGGGAAGAAGGAAGCACAUAGCUGUUUCACUCUGUCCAGGUUGUCAUGGUAACAGUUGCCUUACAGUUGAAUACCCACCUGUACAAAGAAGCUUUGUAGUGGCUGAUACCUCACUUUUUGGGUGUGGUGGUGGUGAUGAUGACGAUAAUGUGCACCACGUUCUGUCUAUGUAUUUCCUACUAGAUAGAACGAGCAGUACCGUUUUUAGUUCGAUUGUUAUUGCACUUGUUGACUUUGUAUUGUCACGACAGGGAGAAAUAAAGUUUUAU